AUGGACCGAAGACCAUCGUCUUACAGACCGCGUCCAGCGUCGUCCAAACCAUCGGGUCCUAGUUGCGUUAUAUGUUUUAAAAUUCAAUCAAUUUAUUCAAUUGGUACGUGUGAUCAUCCUGUAUGCUAUGAGUGUUCAACUACUAUGAGAGUGCUCUGCGAUCAAAAGGAGUGUCCGAUAUGCAGACGAAUACUGACCAAGGUUAUUUUUACCAAAGAGGAGGUGGAUUUGUUUAAAAAUUUGGAAGAACGUUCAUAUCCCCGUUAUAACAAAAAGUACGGCAUUGCAUUUGGUGAUCUUUCUGUGGAAAAUUCCUUUGACCAAUUACUGCGUUGCUACUGUAAAAAAUGUUAUGAACGCCCUGAGUUUACAGCAUUUGAACAAUUAGCUAAACAUAUGGAACGAAACCAUCGUCUUUAUGCUUGUCGUCUUUGUGUGAAUAAUUUAAAGAUAUUUCCAAGCCAAAGACGUUGGUAUAACUAUGAUGAGUUAACUAGACAUGAAGAAUGUGGAGACCCCGAUAAUACAUCUCACCGGGGCCAUCCUGAAUGUCAAUUUUGUAAAGUUCGUUACUUAGACAAAGACGAGCUCUAUAAACAUCUAAGGAAAGAUCAUUUUUUUUGUCAUUUUUGCGAUGCUGAUGGUAUUCAAGACUACUACAUGACAUAUGACUGGUUGAGAAAGCAUUAUUUUGACAAACACUACCUUUGCGAAGAGGGAAAUUGUGUCAAUGAACAAUAUACAUCAGUUUUUCGUACCUCAAUCGAUUUACAAGCUCAUAAAGCGCAAACACACAGCAGAGAUUUGGGAAAACAAGGAUACAAAGAAGCGCGUACCUUAAAACUUGAGUUUACCUUACGACCACGACACAAUCCGACCGUUGAAGCAGGCAGACCAAACCAAUACCAACCACCCCGACCCCGCCAACCACCAUCUGAUUAUUCUUACCAUGAUAGCUACAACAGCAGCAGUUUUUCCGGCGGACCCGAGCCAUCCGCGGCGACCUCAUCGGAUCGCUCGAUCAACGUGCGCAACACAGCAGACUUCCCGUCUUUGAAUGGUCAGCAUACGACGGUGUUGCCAUGUGCCCGCACCAGGAAACAAAACCAAUCGGUCAACACACGAGAUUUACAUUCGUUUCCCGCAUUGGGACAGGACCCGCAGCCGUCGGUGGCGCCCAAGGCUCAGAAACCACCGGUGAACAGCAUCCGAAUGGCCGCGGUGCUAAAAAAACCAGCGGAACCCCCUAAACCGGACCGAAACAAAGACGCCAAGGUGCCUUCAGGCCCACGGUUGCCCAACCAGGCCAGGGACUUUCCGUCGCUAGACGGCAACCAAAACCAAAACCACCAGCCACAGCAGCAGCAACAAAACCAUCAACACCCCAGAUUGGCUGCCAACAAGGAGAUGGCGGCGGCCAGCGGUUCGGGCGGUGGCAGUUGGGUGUCCAAAGCCAAGACGGGAAACGAGAAUGAGAAAAAAAAGGUUAAAAAAGAACCAGCGGCCAUCAAGAAGAAAAUAGCAGAGGCGCCCAAGGUCCCAGGCCCGUCGGACUUUCCAAAUUUGAACAAAAAAUAUGAACCGUCCAAGAGCAACCUGGCUAAGUUGGGCGGCAACAAGAAAAAAUCGGAAAACUCGAAGAAAGUCGCUCCAGCAGAAAUCAACGGCAGCGGCAGUGGUACUGUUCAAAACGGGAAAAAGAACCUUCAAACCGUGGACAGCAACAGCAGCAAUAAGGAAAACUGCAACAAGCCCAAUACGAAAACCGUCGACGCGGUGCAGAUGUGCAACGGCGAAAUCAAGACGGCUACUUCGACGAAUAAUAAGGCGGUCGCCGGCAAGACUGAAGUAAUAAAGCCUGCCACUGCAGCCCCGGUAGAAGUGCCGAAGAGAGAGCAGUCCAAGAAGAAAGAAUCUGCUUUGGUCGGUCGAACGGUGGCUCAACCCGACGAAGAAUCCGUGUCGGACGCCAACAACCCAAAGGACAAGAAGAAGAGGAAAAAGACCGAAAUUCGAGGAGAACAACAACAACAACAACAGCAACAACAACAACCUACCUCAACCGGGCACCAACAGCAGGACAAUCAUCACCAGCAACAGCAGGAAAAUCAUCACCAGCAACAGCUGCAGAACAAUUAUAUCAAAAUGCCGACGCCGAAAAUACCGCCGGGCUUCGAGAACGCGUACCAGCAACAGCCACAGCAACAAGUCAGAGCCCCUCCCGGGCUGUCGGGUAACCGUGGACCGUCGCCCGCAGCGCAGAACCAUCACCGGGUCAAAGCGCCGCCCGGUCUGUCGCUGUCGGACAGCGGAGGCGACGGCGGUAAACCGUUCGAGUACUUGCACCCAGUCGGCUCGUCCGUCCGGAACAAAGUGCUCAUCAACAACCUGAUGGCCGCGCUCAUACCUGCCCGCGACGAACGUUUUGACACUUUCGAGAAGUUCAAAGAGAUGUCAACGCUGUUCCGCAAACAUGUCAUCACCGCAUUCGAUUUCUACUCGUACUGUGUCGAAGCACUGGCCCCGCACAGCUUUGAGUCCGUAUUCCAGGAACUCGUGUUGUUGUUGCCCGACAUCCAAAAGCAGAGGGAAUUGCUGUUCAUCUACAACCGGAACAGCAGACACGAAAUGAACGUAGAAGUGUGCAAACACUGUCGCCAAGUGUUGAGGGCUAGUGACUUGGAAUCACACCAGUCCGUUCACAGUUCGACGACUGCGCGCAGUUGA